AUGCAAAGCGGCAGCAGAUGUGAGCAGGGUCAGCUCGGGCGCGCCUUGGCCUCUACUCCCUGCAGCUCGCCCCGCCGCCUCACUGGCCCAGAAGCCAACCCCCGCCUGGGCCGGGUGCCGAGAAGGGCCAGGAUGGCCUGAGUGCCCACGGUUCGGUGUUCCAGCAGCGGCGGUGCACCAUGGGGAACCAAGAUGGGAAGCUGAAGAGGAGCCCAGGUGAUGCAUCUUACGAAGGCGGCGGUGCCCAGGAUGCUGUUGGGCCCAGAGAUGUGGAAGCCACAAAGAAGGGAAGCGGCGGUAAGAAGGCACUGGGCAAGCACAGCAAGGGAGGAGGGGGCGGCGGUGGGGAGCCAGGCAAGAAGAAGAGCAAGUCGGACUCCAGAGCCUCGGUGUUUUCCAACCUGCGGAUCAGGAAGAACCUAUCCAAGGGGAAAGGCGUCAGCGGCUCCCGCGAAGAUGUGCUGGACUCCCAGGUCCUGCAGACCGGGGAGCUGGACAGCGCUCAUUCCCUGGUCACCAAGACCCCGGACCUCAGCCUCUCCGCGGACGAGACGGGUCUGUCGGAUACCGAGUGUGCGGAUCCUUUUGAGGUAACCCAUCCAGAUGGUCCAGAAAGGGCCGCUGCUGGGGUCGGGAACCGAGAGGAUGCUGAGGAUUUGGAAACUGCGGCAGGGGUUCAGGAUGGACAAAGGACCAGUUCGGGCUCGGACACGGACAUCUAUAGCUUUCACUCGGCUACAGAGCAGGAGGAUUUGCUUUCAGACAUCCAGCAGGCUAUCCGCCUCCAGCAGCAGCAGCUCCAGCAGCAGCUGCAGCUCCAGGGCUCCGAGGAGCCGUUAGCACCGCCCACCGACACCUCCCACGAGCCUGGGGCCUUCCUUGGCCUGGACCGAUUCCCGCUGGGGUCCAGCGGCGAAACUGGACAGGCCCCGGGCAAUACCGACACCGAGCCACCUCUUUCCGCCCUGUCUGACCUGCCCGAGACCCCGGCGGCUAAGCCCGCAGAGUCCAGGCAGCCGCCGCCACCCCGCGGCCACCGAGACUCCCAGGCGGCGGCCCUGCAGCCCGCCCAGCCUGCCCAGCCCGCAGCCGCAGAGGCCGUGCUGCCCACUGCUUUUCCGUUUCCCGAGUCCGGGCCUGGGGAAGGCAGAGGUGAAGGAGCCCCUGUUCAAGAGACUGGGGACACAGAUGAAGAAGGCGAGGAGGAUGCGUUUGAGGAUGCCCCGCGAGGGUCACCGGGGGAAGAGUGGGGCCCGGAGGUGGAGGAGGCUCCGCAGGAACUGGAGAGAGGGUCGGAAGAGCGGACCCCAGUGCCUUGCACCCCUGCCGCUGCCUCCCUGCCUGGCAGCCCCUCACCCAGCCCGCGCUGCUUCAAGCCCUACCCUGCCAUCACCCCUUGCUACAUCAAGACCACCACCCGGCAGCUCAGCUCGCCCAAUCACUCCCCGUCUCAGUCCCCCGACCAGAGCCCCAGGAUCAAGAGGCGACUGGAGUCCUCACUGAGCCGGGGGCCCAGAACUGCCCUCGCUUCUGCGGUCGCCCCAGCUAAAAAGCACCCGGCCGACAGUGGCCUCGGACUGGACUGGACUGAAGAGCUGGACGCCCACACGCCUGGGGCGAGGGGCUCCGUGCACCUGCUAGAGCGUGGGGCGGCCUCAGAGGUGGGCAGCCGUACGCCCCUGACGCUGGCACCCAAGGCUCACGGGGCGUCUGCUGACAGCUUCCAGAACGUCUUUACAGGGCGCACGCUUUUGGAGAAACUAUUCAGCCAGCAGGAGAACGGGCCUCCAGAAGAAGCAGAGAAGUUUUGCUCACGGAUCAUUGCUAUGGGUCUUCUGCUUCCUUUUAGUGACUGCUUCAGGGAACCCUGUAAUCAGAAUGCCCAAUCAAGUUCAGCUCCAUUUGAUCAAGAUCAGCUUUAUACCUGGGCUGCAGUUAGUCAACCCACACACUCACUGGAUUACACAGAAGGGCAGUUUCCCAGGCAAGCUCCAUCUGUUUGGCCACUUUCUAAACCAUCUGAUGAAGAACAAAGGCCCAAGGAUGUUGAAACAGAAUCUCAGUCUCUUUUGGAAACUCCAAAAAAAUGUUUGGAUGCUGUUCAGCAGGAAGUUUUUGACAUAAAGUCUGAGGGACAAGCAACUGUAAUUCAGCAGCUGGAACAGACCAUUGAGGAUCUUAGGACCAAAAUUGCUAAACUAGAGAAGCACUACCCUGCUGUGGACCUGGAGGUAGCCAGUGGUCUUCCUGGAGUUCAGAAUGGGGUAGUGCCUUCUGAGGAUAUCUGUCUUGAAGUUCUCAGGUUGGGACAAAAGAAUGCACAGCAUCAAAAGAUUCUAGAGGCAAAGUCAAUUCAGACAUCCCCCACAGAAGAUGGUGGAAUGCCCAUGAUUCCUUCUAUUAAUGCAGUGCCAGAGGGUUAUCCAUGUCUACCUGGGACUCAAAGUACAGACUCUACUGUGUCAACCUUGCCUUCUGGAUCUCAGACAAAAUUCUGUUCAGAAAUUUCCUUGAUUGUGUCUCCCAGAAGAAUAUCAGUCCAACUCGAGGCACAUCAAUCUAUUCAAUCUCCAUCAGCUGUAUCCCUUCCUCAGUUGGACAGUCAAGGACAGGAUGGGUCACAGCCUUCUCAUCAUACUAAACCUGAAACCAGCCAUGAACACUCUGCUUCCUCUUCCAUUGAGAACAGUUAUAGCAUCCCACCCCCACCACCUCUCCCUUGCACAGAGUCCCCCAGCUCUAUGCCAACUCUGGGCAUGAUAAUUCCCCUACCUACCCCUCUUGCUGCUAUGACAGCAGUUCCUCCACCUCCACCCCUGCCUGGUACAGAAAUGCUGCCACCCCCUCCCCCACCUUUGCCUUGUGAAGGAAUACCUCUUACCCCACCUCUGCCAGGUGAAGGGAUACCUCCUCCCCCUCCUCUUUCUGAAGUGGGAAUACCUCCAACCCCUCUGUCUGGGAUGGGGAUACCUCCUCCUCCCCCUUUGCCUGGGGUGGAGAUACCUCCCCUUCCCCCUCUGCCUGGCAUGGGGAUACCUCCCCCUCCCCCUCUUCCUGGGAUGGGGAUACCUCCUGCCCCUCCUCUACCCGGGUUGGGGGUACCUCUUCCUCCCCCUCUGCCUGGCAUGGGGGUACCUCCCCCUCCCCCUUUUCCUGGGUUGGGGGUACCUCCUCCCCCUCCCCCUCUUCCUGGGGCAGGGGUACCUCCUCCUCCUCCCCCUCUUCCUGGAAUGGGGGUACCUCCUCCUCCACCUCUUCCUGGAAUGGGGGUACCUCCCCCCCCCUCUCUUCCUGGGAUGGGGAUACCUCCUCCUCCACCUCUUCCUGGAGUUGGAAUUCCUCCACCUCCUCCUUUGCCAGGUAUGGGGGUUCUACCUGCUCCUGGAACAAGUAUCCCGCCACCCCCUCUGCUUCCUGGAUCAGGACUUUCACACUUCCUGUCUGUUGGGAGCAGCACUUUACCUACACCACAGGCGUGUGGAUUUCUUCCUCCUCCAUUGCCAACUGGCUUGUUGGGAUUGGGGAUGAACCAGGACAAAGGGAGUAGGAAGCAGCCCAUAGAGCCUUGUCGGCCAAUGAAGCCUCUGUAUUGGACAAGAAUUCAACUCCAUAGCAAAAGAGACACCAGUGCUUCACUUAUUUGGGAAAAAAUUGAAGAGCCAUCUAUAAAUUGCCAUGAAUUUGAAGAAUUAUUUUCUAAAACUGCUAUAAAGGAGAGGAAGAAACCUAUUUCUGACACCAUUACAAAGACCAAGGCUAAACAAGUUGUCAAGUUAUUAAGCAACAAAAGAUCCCAAGCUGUUGGAAUAUUAAUGUCUAGUCUCCAUUUAGAUAUGAAAGAUAUACAACAUGCGGUUGUGAACUUAGACAAUUCUGUGGUUGACUUGGAAACCCUACAAGCUCUCUAUGAGAAUAGAGCACAGUCAGAUGAGCUGGAAAAAAUUGAAAAGCAUGGUCGAUCCUCCAAAGACAAGGAAAAUGCCAAGUCCCUAGAUAAACCUGAACAGUUCCUUUAUGAACUGUCACUGAUUCCCAACUUUUCUGAGCGAGUUUUUUGCAUCCUGUUCCAGUCCACAUUUUCAGAAAGCAUCUGCUCGAUUCAUCGGAAAUUGGAAUUGCUACAGAAAUUGUGUGAAACUUUGAAAAAUGGCCCAGGGGUUAUACAGGUUCUAGGUUUGGUUCUUGCCUUUGGCAACUACAUGAAUGGUGGAAAUAAGACUCGAGGACAGGCUGAUGGUUUUGGUCUAGACAUUCUUCCAAAGCUGAAAGAUGUCAAAAGCAGUGACAAUAGCAGAAGUCUUUUGUCAUAUAUCGUUUCCUAUUACCUUCGAAAUUUUGAUGAGGAUGCUGGAAGAGAACAGUGUAUCUUUCCACUGCCAGAACCACAGGAUCUUUUUCAAGCCUCACAGAUGAAGUUUGAAGAUUUUCAAAAAGAUCUCAGGAAAUUAAAGAAAGACUUGAAAGCCUGUGAGGUGGAAGCAGGGAAAGUGUACCAAGUAUCCUCAAAAGAACACAUCCAGCCUUUCAAAGAAAACAUGGAACAAUUUAUUAAUCAAGCUAAAGUUGACCAAGAGGCAGAGGAGAACUCAUUGAUGGAGACUCAUAAAUGCUUUUUGGAAACUACAGCCUAUUUCUUCAUGAAACCAAAAAUUGGAGAGAAGGAGGUGUCCCCAAAUGUUUUCUUUAGUAUCUGGCAUGAAUUCAGCUCUGACUUUAAAGACUUUUGGAAGAAAGAGAACAAACUUAUUCUACAAGAGAGAGUAAAGGAAGCUGAAGAAGUAUGUAAACAGAAGAAGGGAAAAUCACUAUAUAAAAUUAAACCAAGACAUGACUCUGGAAUUAAAGCAAAAAUAAGCAUGAAAACCUGAAGAAUUAAAGGCAGAAUGAAAGGUGUCAUUGCAACAACUUCCACACAAUUCAGCUGACCUGAAGGAGGGGAGAAAACUACAUCAUUUGAUGAUUUUUCUUCUUGACUCUUGUGUAAUCUUUGUGUUUUCUAGGCAGUUCACUGAUUGUCAACCUUUACUGUACAUUCAUAUAAAAAUACAAAACACAGUAGCCCAGUGGAGAAUUUGACAUGUUUUCUUUUUGUAAAAGUUUAUGGUACUAUACUGAUAGACCAACACAGCAUGUAUAAGAGGCAGUAUCUGCAUUAAUUCUGAACAUGCUAGGCAUUAAUCUUAACAAUUACUUUUGUUAGAAUAUUCCUUGUCACUGCAAAAGACUUUUCUUUCUACUGACAACCAAUACUCUACACCACUGCAGUUAGCUAUUGGGGUGAAUUGUUAUUUGUCCUGAGUUGUUUAUAUAAAUUUCACAUCUAUGCAUACAUUUUCUAUUUUCAAAUUUAAGGAUCAUUUUACAUCAGAACCUAUGCUUUCCCAGCUCUUGGUUAGCAUAUUAUCUCAUUUUUUCCCUUUUUUUGUUCAAACCAGAUAAUGAAUAGAAAAGAAUAUAUAUAUAUAUGUAAAAAGAAAGCCUUUCCCUAUGAAUCACUUAAUAUUGGCAAAGGUCAGAAUUGGUAGUUUAAUGAGGACUAUUGUCAGGGUGUAUCCUUUGAGAUCCUUCAAAAAGAUAAUCUAUAGGAAAGGUACAAACUGAAAGUGUGUUCAUAUUUUUGGCCUUGUCUUUCAGAAAGAAAAUAUGGCUCAAUGUUUUUUUAAGAAACUUAAUAAAAGACACUUUUAAGAUCAGCAAAUAUGGCAGAAUGUUGACCCUAAAUAUGUUAUAUUUUGGAUGUAUUGGCAUCUACCUAGAACCUGUUCAUUCAACAUAUUUGCCUGAAUAUUUUGACAAAAUUUGGGCUGUCUUAAUGUGCUGUGGUGGGUGAUUAAAAUAUGGAAAAUGUAUAUUUUUGUUAUCUGAAGGAUUCUAGGAAAGAAUUUUAUUUUACUUUGAAUGGGGAACAGUAAACCUCCCACUCUUCCUAAGAGUACUUCAAAUCAGUUAAUGAUACAUUGUGAUGACUUUGUCUAACAGUAACAUUUUAAACUCUUUUCAUGAUAUUUCUUAGGGAUAAGAGAGAGAAUUUAUUGCAAACCCAUUAUCAAAGCAACUUAAAAAACAACAUUUUGAAUUAUAACUGCAUUUAUAUUUAUGUAAAGUAUAGUUUCUUUUUAGUUGAACGUUAAAGUAUAUAGAAACAGGAAUUUUUGUUGUUUUAGAGUCUUCCUGUCCCUGUAAUCCUUCCAAAGUGUAUAUUACUAUUCUUCAUUGAAAAAAUAGGGCAUUUAACAAAGAUCGCUAUGUGCAAUACUAUAUUUAGUGUUUCUAUUUCAAUUUUUUCUAGGAUGUUAAUUUAUAUGAAAAUUAAAUGAGUAAUAAAAUAA